AUGCCAAAAGAUUGCUAUGCGCCAGAUAUAAAGACCACUGAGCUAAAAUCUCCAGAAAUAGGAGCGGUAAUGGGAAGUCUGUAUGAUGUUAGCGCCUAUUUGAUGGAAGCAGUUGUCGACCCAUUACCUUUUCAUACCAUAGAGAAAGCAGCUGGCCAAGUUGACAAUCCACAUGAACUAUUAUUUUGGCUAUCGAAAAGUGUGGAGGAAAACUACGUUAUGCGCGUUUUGCUUUCGUUCUGGGCAGCACUAUGCGGUAUUUUUUCUCUCGUAUCAGUAGCGACAUGUUUAUGCUGCGCAUGUUGCAUAUUUGGCAUUGAGACUAAAAGAGUAAUUGCUGGCUCAAAAGUGCUGUCUAUAAGCACAGCAUUUUUCAUAUGUAUCUUCACAUCAUUUAUCGCCAUAAUCAUAUAUCACAACAGUCUCAAGCAAGUUCACAGUGGACUCAAAAUGUUGCCAAAACAUUUGAAAACUGUGGAUGAUGAUCUGAACAGACUUGCGAGCCUUUUGACGACUAACUUACACUGCAUCAGUGAAAAGGAGGAUCAAAUAUAUAAAAGCAAAUGUCAUCACGAAUUUGAGCUAUUGAAAACACAGAUCAAUAAGACGGAAGGCAUGAUUGACUUUCAGUCUUUGGAAAGGAUAAUCGAACUCGCGGUAGCACUUACGAAUGAGUUUGAUAACCUGAGCGGGAAAGUGGGAUCGCCACAGCUAGUGCAUAAUCUGUCUUUGGCAUCUUCAUCUGCACGCACUAUUCAGCAAAACCUCGACAACUUUUCUAACAUGUCCAAAUUUUGUGUGCAAGAGGCUUAUGCUCGAGCGAAAAAGUUUUCUGAGACUUUGGAAAGGACACAGGUUGACGUAGAAGAAACAGGAAAAGCCUUCGAAGAGGCUCUUAAAUUUACGAUUAAUAGGACCAGCAAGCUGCACGUCCAGCUUGCUAAUGCAUUUAUGGAAAAGGAAAUUCGUCAACAAAUCGAGUAUUGGUUUUAUGUAUCGAUUUUUCCUGUUUUACUAAUUUGUCUCUCUCUUUUUGGGCUUACGAUGGCAUUCGUAGGCUGGAGAUUCUAUUUGUCUCAUUACAAUCACGUUCCAAAUUGGAGAGGAAACACUGUAUCCAUCGUUGCCGCUGCAGGCCUUUGCUUUGCAGACUCUUGCACAAUGAUGAUUGGAGUUGCAAUUUACGCACUUGCAGCUGCUUUUCUUUUUAUUGGUUAUGUUUCUAUGUCCAUGUGUAUCGGAUUAUAUUCGGACGAGAACAUGAUACACUUCAAGGCUUUUUCAAAUGCUGAUUAUGACAUUCGCAUUGGCUCGCAAAACUUGCGGCACUCUCUUUCUGACACCUUCUAUAACUGCAAAAAUGGGCAUACAUUUUUCAACUCACUAAGAGUUCAUCAGGCUAUGGUUAAGAAUGAAUUCGACGUUGUGAGUUCUUAUUAUACAACUUAUAUUCGGUUGUUCCAAGAAAUUUUGCGAAUACUUUAUUAA